GAGAGAGAGAGAGAGAGAGAGAGGGAGCCAUGGCUGAUAAUGGAAUCCAUGGAGUCGUGGUGGACAUCAAGGACACGAACUCAACCCCCAAAAUCAAAGAAGAGACGGGCCCCUGUUUCUCUCUGCCUUUCUUCCAAAAGCUGCUAGCGGAGGUGUUCGGGACCUACUUCUUGAUAUUCGCCGGUUGUGGGUCGGUGGUGGUGAACAAGAACAACGAGAAGGUGGUGACACAGCCGGGGAUAUCCAUCGUGUGGGGGCUCGCGGUGAUGGUCCUUGUUUACACCGUUGGCCACAUCUCCGGUGCCCAUUUCAAUCCUGCCGUCACCAUUGCUUUCGCCGUCACCAGGAGAUUCCCAUUGAAGCAGGUACCGGCUUUUGUGUUGGCGCAACUACUCGGGUCAACCCUCGCGGCCGGGACACUCCGGUUGUUGUUCACGGGGAUCCACAACCAAUUUGCCGGGACGCAGCCUUCCGGGUCGGAUGUGCAAGCCUUUGUGGUCGAGUUCAUCAUAACGUUCUACCUCAUGUUUGUCAUCUGUGGUGUUGCCACUGAUAAUAGAGCUAUUGGAGAGCUUGCUGGUCUUGCUGUGGGUGCAACUGUGUUGCUCAAUGUGAUGUUUGCCGGGCCGAUCACCGGAGCCUCGAUGAACCCGGCGAGAAGCUUGGGGCCGGCGAUCGUUUCUAACCAUUACAGAGGGAUAUGGAUAUACCUACUCGCCCCGACCAUGGGCGCCAUAUCGGGCGCUGCUGUCUACAACACCAUCCGGUUCACUGACAAGCCUUUGCGCGAGGUCGUGCGGAGCGGCUCGUUCCUGAGAAACGGCGGGAGAAGCGGCUCUAACCGGUGAGAGAGGAGGGAGAGAG